CGGAGCAUGCCAAAAAAACUCGAGGGCCACAACAGCAACCCCGGCCGCCCCCAACCUGAAAAACCGAACGAAUCCCCGCCUCCUCGUCCCCAUCUCCGGCCUCCGCCCGCCCAUCUCCCCCCAUGUGGAUGCCCUGGGUGAAGACGCGCCCUUCCUCCCCCUCCCCCUCCUCCGCAACCUCCACCUCCUCGUCCUCCACAUCGCUCGUCGCCGCCGCCUCCCCGCGCCUGUCCUUUUCCUCCCCUUCCCUGAAGGACCUCCAGGCGCUGCUCCUCUCCGACGCCGCCACGCCCUCCCCGCCGCCCGCCGCGCCCUGCUCCCCGUCGUCCAACACAGUCCGCGUCUUCCACCGCGUCCGCGUCGCGGCCUCGGCCCUCCGCGCGCUCCGCACCCUCCAGGCGCCGCCGUCCGCCGGCGCCGCCGCCGCCGACCUCCGCGUCGUGCUCUACUUCACCUCGCUCCACGUCGUCCGCGGCACCUACGAGGACUGCCGCGCCGUGCGCGCCAUCCUGCGCGGGCUCCGCGUCGCCGUCGACGAGCGCGACCUCGCCAUGGACCCGCGCUACCUCCAGGAGCUCGCCGCGCUGCUCCCGCGCCACGCGCCCCCGCGGCGCGUGGCGCUCCCGCAGGUCUUCGUCGGUGGCCGCCACCUCGGAGGCGCCGACGAGGUUCGCCGCCUCCACGAGGCCGGCGAGCUCCGCCGCGUCGUGGCCGGCGCCGUCACGGCCUCCCUCGCCGCCUGCGGCCGGUGCGGCGGCGAGCGGUACGUGCUCUGCAGCAGCUGCAACGGCAGCCACAAGCGGUACAGCGUCAAGGGCGGCGGCGGCUUCCGCACCUGCGCCGGCUGCAACGAGAACGGCCUCGUCCGGUGCCCCGACUGCUCGCCGCCGGACGUCUGACGGCUCAGAUCCGAGAGGUCACGAUCCGAUAACUUACUGAAUGCUUUCUUCUUCCUAGUUUCAAACUUGAGACAAGAAAUGGGUCCUGUGUCUGUGUAGUAGCUGUUAAUCUUACUCGUUAGCCUAGUGUUGAUUGGUUGCUAAAUGUGGCCAUUAGCAGUUCUUUUUUUCUAGCAUUUUUUUCCUGCUAUCCAACGCCUCUAAUGCUGGCUGUUGCAGACUUGCAGUAGGAUUUGCAGUAGAACAGCUGUUUGUUUCCUUGCUUCUCUCUGGCUUCUCUUUUCCUUUGCGCUAAGCUAUGCUGGAGGCAGAUCUGGGGUUUGAUUUGAUACGGAUUACUCUUAAA